AUGCACAUCCUUGUUCUAGGGGCUUCUGGUGCUAUCGGCCGCCUAUUCUGUGAUAUCGCUCUUAAUGAAGGGCACAGACUUACACUCUUUGUUCGAAAUGCCAGCAAAGUUUCCGAGCACAUCCGCCUAAGUAAAGGAACACAGAUUAUUGUAGGCACACUUGAGGUUGAUUCGGACCUGGAAGAAGCCGCAAAAUGUGGAGCAGACAUCUUUGUUUCUUUUGCAGGACCAGCAUUUGGAGCGCAGGGCACACCCUUGGCAGAUGGCUACAAAGCCCUCAUCCCAAAACUCGCCUCACAAAACAUAACUCGUGUUCUCAUCCUCUGCACACCAUCUUUCAGAGGUGAAUCUGAUAUUAUAACAUGGAAAUGGCGCACAGGAGAAUGGUUCAUGAAGUUGUUCAGUUCCGGUCAAUAUCAGGAGAUGUUAGGUGUCGGAAACGCAGUUUCUUCCUUAUCCGACAUAGAUGGCAUCCAAUGGGGAUUAUUCCGAGUCGGCGGGCUUACAAAUGGAAAAGAGGCACCGGUUGAUGCAACCUACUUGGGUAGUGGCGUGGAUAACACAUGGAUUAGUAGAGCUAGCGUUGCGAGAUGGGUUUUGGAUGAGGCGAUUGAGGGGAAAUGGGUGGGAAGGAUGCCAUAUAUAUGUAACAGAUGA